GGGAGAGGAGCCCCAGCCCCGGCAUUCCCAGGUGUCCCCAUUCGGUGAUCAGGACUCAACACAGAGACUCACCAUGGAGUCUGGGCUGAGCUGGGUUUUCCUUGUUGCUCUGUUACAAGGUGUCCAGUGUGAGGUGCAGCUGGUGGAGUCUGGGGGAGGCUUGGUCCAGCCUGGAGGGUCCCUGACACUCUCCUGUGCAGCCUCCGGAUUCACCUUCAGUGACUACUACAUGAGCUGGGUCCGCCAGGCUCCAGGGAAGGGGCUGGAGUGGGUCUCAAGAAUUAGUAGUGAUGGUACUAGCACAUACUACGCAGACGCCGUGAAGGGCAGGUUCACCAUCUCCAGAGACAACAGCAAGAACACGCUGUCUCUGCAAAUGAACAGUCUGCAAGCCGAGGACACGGCCGUGUACUACUGUGCGAGAGACACAGUGAGGGGAUCUCAGUGUGUCCAGUGUGAGGUGCAGCUGGUGGAGUCUGGGGGAGGCUUGGUCCAGCCUGGGGGGUCCCUGACACUCUCCUGUGCAGCCUCCGGAUUCACCUUCAGUAGCUACUGGAUGAGCUGGGUCCGCCAGGCUCCAGGGAAGGGGCUGGAGUGGGUCUCAACCAUUAGUCAUACUGGUGGUAGCACAUACUACGCAGACGCCCUGAAGGGCCGGUUCACCAUCUCCAGAGACAACAGCAAGAACACGCUGUCUCUGCAAAUGAACAGUCUGCGAACCGAGGACACGGCCGUGUACUACUGUGCGAGAGACACAGUGAGGGGACAUCAGUGUGAGCCCAGACACAAACCUCCUCCGGGGGCGUGUGCGGCCAGCAGGGGGCUCAUCCCCAGCGCCUGA